AUUUGCGUUUCAUAUCUCCAAACCUCGCUAUCAGCGCUACCCAUGUCUUUAUUGUACACCAUGCUCAAUCCUGACCCACAUCAUAAUGUUUGCGUGCAUUUACACUUGUAACAAACUGUAAAUAUUAGUGUGGUUUUUUUUUACAAAAGUCAACUUUGUGAGUUGUAAAAAGACAGUUUGACCGCUAAUAAGUAACAAACCUCUGUGCCACUCUCCAAGUGUGAACUGAAUCUAUCUCAGUCUCGUCAGCAAUUCAACCAAAUCCGCCAAUAAAAUAACCCAACUAAAACUCGGGCAGGAAGUUGCCAAAACCAUGGAUUCACCCAGCCAACCCAAGUUCAGCUGGGCCGACUAUGUUGUCCUUGGAGUUGUCCUGGCCGUGUCUGCAGUGAUUGGGAUCUUCUACGCUAUCCGAGGCAGACGCAAGAGAACGACCAAUGAGUUCAUGGUCGCCAGUCGACAGAUGGGUUUCUUCCCCGUGGCUCUGUCCCUUCUUGCCAGUCUCUUCACUGGUAUUUACAUCCAGGGAAUGGUAUCUGAGGUUUACUUCCGAGGCGCCAUGGCACCCUUUGGUGCAAUCAUUCCUAUCCUCGUUGAUGGCUACAUUUCUGGUAAAAUCUUCCUGCCCACUUUCUACAAACUACGAUUAAGGAGCGUCUAUCAGUAUCUGGAAAUGCGUUUCAACAAAAUCGUCCGUAACUGCUGUCUUUUCAUCGGGUACUUAUUCAUGAUUCUGCACGCUGGAAUAGCAACGUUUGCUGCUUGUCUUGUUCUCACAACAGUGUCGGACAUGAGUUUCUUCGUCAGUGUCAUCGUCCUCUCUGGAGUAUGCACCUUCUAUACCGCCUUGGGCGGUAUCAAGGCAGUAGUAUGGGCAGACGCAUUCCAGAUGAUUCUCAUGUACUCACCAUUAAUUGGUGCAGUCGUUUACGCUUCUGCUAAGUUUGGAUUUCCAACUGUCUGGGACAUCGGAGCAGAAAAGGGAAGGCUGGACAUAUUCAAUUUUUCUUUCGAUCCGACGGAGUACUUGAGCUUCUGGUCCGUCGUCGUUGGGGGUGUCUUUGGUUGGAUGCCUUCACUGUGCAUAUUGCAGUACCAAGUCCAGCGAUACAACACGUGCAGAGACAUGAAGACCGCACACAUGGCCAUGGGUAUGUUCCUUUUUGGCUGUGAAGUUGUCGCCAUACUCUGUACUCUUGCUGGACUUGGCGUCUUUGCCUUGUACGGUGACUGUGAUCCGUUUAGUCGAGAUCUCAUCGUAUUUCGUGAUGAGUUGCUGCCGUAUUUCGCGGUUGCAUCAUUUUCCCACGUACCGGGACUCGCGGGUCUUCUCGUGUCUGGUCUUUGCAGCGCCGCCCUAAGUACCGUAUCUUCAGUCAUCAAUUCUGUGGUGACUCUCACAGGCGAACACGUUAUCACCAAGAUAUGGACGGAAAUGCCCGACUCCACCUACCUCGUGGUGACCAAAUUACUAGCCGUUUUCUUUGGUGUUCUCAACAUUGGAAUGACUUACUUCAUGUCAUCAUUAGGGGACAUACUACCGACGCUGAUUGGUCUGAUCGGCAUUACCAGCGGGCCAGUCAUGGGCGUUUUCAUCCUCGGUUUCAUGUUCCCAAGAUGCAACUCUAAGGGUGCCCUGGUUGGUUUCUUCUCUGGUUCCAGCAUCGGCCUCUGGAUUUUCAUCGGAUCCCUUAUUUUCCAAAAACCACCGGCCGAUCUACCUCUCUCCACUGCCGGAUGCCAGGUAGAACUGGUAACCAACGGCACUACCAACUCAUCAGAUAUGUACAUGACCACUUCCGUUGAUGGGUUGGUGACGGGAACCAUCGAAGCUACCGGCAAUCUGUUGUUGAACACUCAGGGUGUUUUUAUGAAUGGUUCUUUUGGCAAUACUUCAGAGAUAACAGGUGGAUUUAACACAACUGCAAUAACACCUGAUGAUGAAUACGUGUUUGUCUUGUACCGGAUCACCAGAUGGUGGUACCCAACCAUCACUAUGUGUACUGUCAUCCUGGUAGGACUAUUAACUAGUCUAAUCACGGGAUUCAAUGACUUUAAAAAGAUGGACGACAUCCUAUUUGUUGAUUGGUACUCCGUCUUUUGCUGGUGUCGGAAAAACAACCAAAUGGAAUAUGAACUAGAGAACGAACCUGCGGAAAACGAACCUGCGAAGGACGAAACGGAGAACGAACGGAAGACCUGGACAGUUGAAACCGAGGCUGAAGAAUCUGUGACGUCAGAACCUGAGGAACAACAGCUCCCUCGAGUGGCGUCUCCCAGCAACAGUUCAAUGACCACAAAAGUUUAAAGCAACUUAUGUGGAAAUACAAGGCACAAACCGCACAAGUAGCUUAUUGCAUUUGCUCACAAAUUUGGGGAAAAAAAUGAUUAGAAUUGCUUCUUUAAGAACCAAUCUAUGAUUGUAUUAUUCGAAUCUCUUGAAUAUUUUUAUUGUGUAACUGAAAACAAUCAGUGUAUUUUGAAGCCUCUUAAGCUGUUUGGAUCAAUUCAACAAAGGAAUUUGUUCAAUUUCGGUUUGGCGCCCUGCAUACUAGUAGUGGGUGUUUCAUGCAUGAUCGAAAAUGAAUAAAACAAAUUCGCUCUGUUAAAAAUAUAUAUGUAACACUACAGUCUACAGCUUUUCUGUUACAGGCGAUAAUUUUAACUUAGACCUAGUUUUUGAACGAGUCCUAUCACACAAAUAAUGAUCAUGAUAACUGUCAAAUUAUUUCCAUUUUUUUUAUGUCUCGUUUUUAUGCCAGAGUUUUUUUUUGUACGUUUCGUGUCUGUUUCCUUUAUCGUUCACUCGGCCCCGAAUUCACGCAGUUUAUCACACUUCGAUCUAGAUACUUACGCAACAGUUUUUAAACGCGAUGUCUUCACGGAAUUCGCACCUAAUUGGUAGCACAGGCCAAUUAUCUCUUUUAUUCGACGGUACCAGUAGGAAGACGCCCCUCGAAAUAAAUGGUUAUGGUAAUUUACUGUCUUUUCCAUGGUAAUUCGUUUGUAGUAUUUUAUACGUUCUCGGAAGUCCAGGUGAAAGCACAUUUUUGAACGUGGUAUAAAUUUGAAGCGUAAGGUAGAGUGCGGGAGAGAACCAUUUGUGCGUUUGGGAGAGAGAGGUGUCAAAGAGUUAUUUGUGUGAAGUUGUGUUGGGUCGUCGCCACCCGUAACCAGCAGGCGAGUGGAAGCAGCCACCGCAGGUACCGGGCCGGCCAACCUAAACUGUUGAGGCCGAGAGCCACGUAUAGUCAGCAGUACAUGUAAAAGUACUUGCUUGACCCUCUCUUCAGCUGUAUAUGACCAGACGUCACACGGCAGUAGCCUGACCUAAGAGUACACUCCCCGAGAGUUACCAUAACCAUUUUCCCUGGUGGGAACAACCAACCCUAUUCCGAUCCCGUGAGACCAAUCUCUAAAUGGCAGGGACCCCACUGUAGCCAGGUGGUGACUGAUGAACACACUGAUCGAGGCAGAGACGACCAGCCAGUCCACACUUGUGUCACCCACCUGAGCCGAAUUCUGUAUCUGGGAAGGUUGCAAGUAUCUUACACAUCAUCUAGAAUCUGGAAUCUAAAACCCACAAAUUGGCUUUGAUUUAAAUUGUAAUUUGUAAAACUUAAAGACCGGUUGCCUUGUUUUGUUUACUUUGUUUCUUUUAAUGUAACAACUAAGUUGGCUUUAUUUGAAGAUUUGGGUUGAUAUUUCUGUAUUCGCUUCUUUGCUGGAUCAGCAAAUUUUCCGUUAAUAUUUUGUUAAGACUCAGUUGAGAAAUUGCUGAAUUAUUUUGUUGGAUUGAGCUUUCAUAUUUGUUUUGUGUUGUUCCAAAGUAGCUAAUUUUUAUGCCGUGCUAAGUUAACCUGCUAAGUUAAGCUGCUAAUUUAACCUGCGAUUUAAUUUGCUUGAUUUGAGAAGUUUCUUUUGAUUUGCCUAAGUUGAAUUCUGUUACAUUUUGUCAUCUUCAGAGAAACCCUGAUUUCUUUGGAUCGUUCUUAAGUUGGGUUCUUGAAUUGUGGAAGUUCCUCUGAUUUAAUUUGAUUAUUUUGUAAAUAUUCUUGUAAAUAUUCCUCUUCUUUUUUUCAUUUGAUUUUUCUUUAAAAUAAAAUUGUACUUUUGCUUUUGAAGUUAAAAUCAAA